AUGGCGUCGCGUCUCCCGGCCUUCCCUCGCUUCAUUUUCACCAUCUUCGAGCCUCUCAGCCUCAUCGCAGGCUGGGCCGGAGCAACCGUGGAUCCAUCCUGGUUCGUUAAAGAGCAAACCUCCACGCCCAGCCUCACCGUGGAUGACAACUCUAGGCUUGUGGCGCUCCAGCUCGGCAACUGCUAUGGUCUGCUCUUCCUCGCAGCUGUCGCCGUGCUGUACACGACCACUGAGCUCAAGGUCGUGCGCAAUUACCUGAUUGCGCUGUGGAUCGCCGAUAUUGGGCACAUUGCAGUGUGCUACCUCGGACUUGGGUUUGAGAGAUUUGUAGAUGUGGCGUCUUGGAACAGCAUGACUUGGGGCAAUGUGGGUGCCACAGCUUUUCUUUGCUUGACGCGGACGGCGUAUCUAUUAGGUCUCUUUGGCCCGGAUGCUCCCGUUCCAAGUGCGAAGAAGAUUCAAGAUGAGGCAGAGGACAAUUCGAUCUGA